AUGGCCGACAGGGCCCCGGUCGCCGCUGGCGCCUCUUCUCCGGAUGCCGAUUUGAGCGAAGCCUUCUCCGACAAGACACGCCCCCGGCGCUGGGGCGCCCUGCUGGCUUUCAUCCUCUUCUCAGUAUUGACUCUGGUCCCAGCCUACUGGGUGACGAUGACCGUGUCGCGCGAUGCGCAGUUCAUCCCCUCGGCCAUGGGAUUGGCCGAGGAGGCCACUGCCCUGCAAGCCGACCUGAAGCUAGUCACCCUGGUGGUUCGGGCGCCAGUGUCCGCCUGUGAGAACGCCGUCACGCGCUUUAACCAGCGUAUCCCCCCUGAGCGCCGGGCCUGGCUCCGCCUGCGCUGCUACGCCGAGCGCCCUGCCCUGGCCAUGGAGCGCUUUACCACCCCGACGUUGUGGGAAAUCGCCAGCCAGCAGGACCCCCACCUAGCCGCUGGGCAGUGGCGUGUGACGCUCGAAGAUACGCGGCACUUCGUCCUUCACCACCCGCCUGGCGCCAGCCUGGACCACCCGAUCGAGCAGACUCUGUUGAGCAUCUUCAAUCAGGCGGCACCGCCGAUCGCCGGCCCGGCCGCCUCCGGCGAUGCCAUCGAUCUCAUCCUUGCGGAUUCAGUGGCUCCGGCUCCGCAGCCCGGUGACGGGUCCCCAGCUCGAGUCCAUGUCUCGAUCAGCCUGCUGGGCCUCCCCGUGCGGCCGGAGGCCUCGUCCAUGGAUGCCGCCCACGCUUUUGUUGAUGACCUGGUCGGUAUGGCCCGCGGCUUGGCCACUCUGUCAAGCUCGGUCAACUACCGGUUCCAUGCGCCGUUGGCUGUGCGCCCCGCCGCUCCUACGGCCGCUGGCCAGCCUUGGACCAUCAACGCCGCCGAUUUGGCGGCCUUUGUCAACAUUGGCGAAUGGGGUCUCAAUGAUGCUCUGGAUUGCCCACGCACUCUGCACUUCGUCGCACUCAUCCCGCCGCCGCGCUUCCAGCCGCUGGGCUUCCAGCCGAGCGACUCGGCCACGGCCCGUGACAAUAUCCUUUUUGUCCCACAAUGGGGCGUCCUGGUUGUGAUCAACCCCCCGCCGGCCGGGGCCGAUCCCCAAGCUGGGCCCGAGUACCAAGACUGGGUGGACGCCACUCUCCGCCGAGUGGCGGGAGAGGUCUUUGCCCCGGCCGGUCGGACACUUUUGGGCCUGGCCCCCCCGGCAGGCUUCGCCCCCUCGGCGGGCAUCCCCGACUCCCCUCAGGGGCGCGCCUUCGAGCGAGAGGCCCUGGCUGUGCGGCAGCUGCUCCUGGCCACCGAGGCGGUUGCCAGCCGGUCGCGCGCGGCUGCCGCCCUGGCCGAGUACCUUUCCACGGGGCCCAUCUCCCCCGGAGCCACGCGCUUGGUGGAGCUGGCCCGAUCCGAUGUCCGCGCGGCACGCGACCGCCUCGCUGGUGGCCCGGGCUCGGCGGUGAUGCCUCCCCCUGGGGCGGAGGACCCCGCCGGGCUGGACCUCCUUCUCCAGGCACUGGGACAUCUGCGCGCGGCGGCCCGCACUACUGGCCUGGCCUCGCGCGAUCCAGACACCCUGUCUCCCAGCCCGGCGGCGCACUUCGCCACGCCGGCUGCCGCGGCCACGGUCUACGUGCCUCUCUUUGCCCCGGCCGCCGUGCCGAUUGUUGCCUCGCUCAUUGGUCUGCUCGCCAAGUAUCUCCGCUCUCGGAGAGCAGCACGCACCCAGUGA